CGAGGGUGAAUCACCCAUGUCAAUGUUGAAUCGAUUUACACGUGUAAAUAUACGACAGAAAUUAAUACCCUCAUGUGAACUUAUAAUAUUUGUUUUUUGAACUAAUAAAAGGAAAAAUGAAAAAAACGGAAAAGUAGUGGAAGCCUUUCUGUUUUCUGCGUCUCUUUCGCGAAACUUAUUGCCAUUUUCAUUGCAACAUUUUGGUCAGAGUAUUUGUAAUCUUCUUGAAUCCUCUCUGUUUUCUUCUUCCUCUACAACUUCCUCCGCUUCUUCUUCGGCCGGCGACGGGAAAAAUUUAUGGCGAUUCGGCAGAUUUCUACUCAGCUGGAGCCGUGGAACCACUUGGACGGCAAAGUGGUGAUGGUCACCGGCGCCUCCUCGGGGCUCGGCCGUGACUGCUGCCUCGAUCUUGCCAGAGCCGGCUGCAGGAUCAUCGCCGCCGCUCGCCGUAUCGAUCGACUCCAAUCUCUCUGCGACGAAAUUAAUCGCCUCGGUUUCUCCGGUUCCUCUUCCGUUGCGGCGGCGGAGAUUCCUCGAGCUGUGGCGAUGGAGCUUGAUGUUGCCGCCGAUGGAAAGAGUAUCGAGAAGUCCGUGAGAGAAGCUUGGGACUCCUUCGGCUUCAUCGACGCUUUGGUUAACAAUGCAGGUUUGAGAGGAACUGUGAAGUCUCCGCUGGAAUUGUCUGAGGAGGAAUGGAAUCGAGUGGUGGACACGAACCUCAAAGGACCGUGGUUGGUAUCGAAGUAUGUGUGCAUACAUAUGCGUGACUCCAAUCGAGGUGGAUCCAUCAUCAACAUUUCUUCGAUUGCUGGUCUUAGUAGAGGGCAACUACCGGGAGGCCUUGCCUACUCUGCUUCAAAGGCGGGCUUAAACACUAUGACAAAGGUUAUGGCCCUAGAACUAGGAGCACACAAAAUCAGAGUGAAUUCCAUAUCUCCUGGACUGUUCAAAUCUGAGAUUACACAGGGUCUCAUGCAGAAAGAUUGGCUUAACAACAUAGCAUUGAGAACUGUCCCUCUAAAAACAUUUGGAACCUCUGAUCCAGCAUUAACAACGCUCAUUCGAUAUCUAGUGCACCACUCUUCUGAAUAUGUCUCAGGAAACGUUUUCAUAGUUGAUGCAGGAGCCACAUUACCCGGUGUCCCAAUUUUCUCAUCCCUUUGAUUAUUUAUGCUCCAAGUUGAUGGGCUUUUUAAUUUUUUUAUAUGGAGGACCGUGCUCGAAACUCACCCCUAUUCAAACUUAUUACUAUCUUGUUUAAAUAAUAGACUCUUCACAUUUCAAUUGUAACGUAUGAAGUUGUCUUGGUAUAUUAUGAAUCUUUCUCCCUUCUAGUUGA